UUUCCAUGUGUUCCAAAUUUAUUCACAUUUGCCUGAUUCUUAUUAUCUUUGAUUAAAUUACUAAUUGUUUGUCCGGUUAAUUGUUAUCUAUUUUUUCCCUUUUAGGCAAAUUAAUCUACAAUCAUGGCAGACACUGCUCAGCAAAUGGUUCAAGAUGGAAUCAAAGAUUUGAUUGAAAAAGUUGACAAGGAUCAUCUUCGCAGGAUUCAGGGUGAUAUGCACCGAUGUGCAGCUAAAUGUUGUGAUUCAACUGAGUUGAAUUUGAAUGAGGUUCACAAUUGUAUCUCGAAAUGUUCAAAUGAAGUAACCAAAGCUCAAAAUUUUAUGUCCAAAGAAUUGGCUAAUUUUCAGAAUCGAUUGGAAAGAUGUGCCAUGCAAUGUCAAGAUGAUAUUCGAGACAAAAUAGGACCAAAUGCUUCCGAAAGUGAUGUUGAUAAAUUUAGAAACAAAUAUGAAGAUUGUAUCGUUAAAUGUGCUGAUAGUCAUGUUAAAUUGCUGCCAACAAUGUUGAAACGAAUGAGGGAAAUGAUGGCCAGUGGAAAUUAUUAGAAUCACAAUUAAGUUAAUUGAAUCAUCUCUCUGUGUGUCUAUUUGUAUAUUCACGCUAAAUCUUAGACCAGAA